GGGGGGCAGAUUAGCCGCAGUACCGAAGACGACUCAUCCGUCUACGCUGCAGCGUCGUUUCCAAUCUUUGCUGCUCGCACGCUAGCUCGCACGCUAGAUGCGGGAUUCGUGCCCGAUUUUGCAGUUGCUAGGCCUCUUGCAAUUCCUUUGGCCGGCCUCCUGAGUGCGCGGCCCCUUUGCAGCCGCAGCUUUCCCUUUACAGGUCCCCCCCUGGCUUGUUUUCCCCCUGGCACGGAUCGGUGGCAGAUGCAGACGCCAGAGAUCCGGGAACGGGGCUCCGUCCUCACCCUCGUCCUGCAUUGCACGUGCCCGUGUCCGCCGCGUACGGUCGAAUCGCACGGCUUCAAGGCCGCACCCCCCGCGUCGCUCGGGGGUGGGGUGCGCCCGUACUGCGGCUCGGCUUUUUUGUCGUGUAUAUGGCUGGCCACCUGGUUCGCAGAAGAGGAGCGGCAAGCGUUGAUGUCUGGUGCCGCUUUCUCGCUCCUCGCCCCUGCUGGAGACCCCGUCCGGCAGCUCAGCAGGCCGACCGCCUGGCGCUGCUUGGCGCGUUCCAGGGCAUCUCGGAGCUCUCGGUCUCGCCGGGGGCCGCCUCGCCGAGAGUCCCCGGGGUCUUCGGUCUCCCGGGGACGGGCGUCGGGGCCGUCCACGGGCGGCUCGGGAGCCGGGCUGCCAAGAGCCGGCCCCCGGGCGAGGGGGCGCCGAGGGUGCUGCGGCCCGGGCGGCGCGCCCCCGCCGUCGCAUGGCGCCAGAGGUUCCGCCAGGUUCCGCCCGAGCUCUUCGCGGAAAACAGCAAGGUGCGGAUCAAGGGCCUCGUGAAGCGCCCUGGCGACAACGGCAAGGAGGGCAUCGUCGUCGGCUACUCGGCGGACAAGGGCAGGUACCAGGUGCGCCUGCCGCGCAGCAGCAAGCCCCUGAACUUCAAGCCCGAGGAGAGAACACCCAGGAGAAGCAUUUCGGAUGGUGGCUGUAGCGAUGGCAAUGACGAGCGUGGUGGGGACCCAGAGGAGGACGCGGGGGAGCCCGUGAUUGAGCCGUCGUGGCUCAGCGGCCCGGCUGGGCAGGGCUGUCCAGCGGAGAUGGGCCUCCUGAUGCUCGGAGAAAGUGCGGAGAACGAG